UGGGUGCCCUCCAAGAAGUAUGACACCAACAUCGCCUGCCUGUUGCACAACAAGUACGACAGCGGCAAGUCAACGACUUACCGCCAGAAUGGCACCGAAUUCGCCAUACACUACGGCUCCGGCAGCCUCUCAGGGUUCCUCUCCACAGAUGAAGUUACUGUGGGAGGUAUAUCAGUGAAGGACCAGACCUUCGCGGAAGCAAUGUCUGAGCCGGGCCUGGCCUUCGUGGCAGCCAAGUUCGACGGCAUCCUCGGCAUGGCGUUCAGCAGCAUCUCCGUGGACGGGGUGCCGCCGGUGUUUGACAACAUGGUGUCUCAGGGACUCGUCAAGCCGGUGUUUUCCUUCUAUCUCAACAGGGACCCGCAGGCGGCGCAGGGCGGCGAGAUCAUCCUCGGGGGCUCGGACCCGGCGCACUACCGCGGGAACUUCACCUACGUGCCGGUACACCGCCCCACCUACUGGCAGUUCUCCAUGGACCGUGUGCAGGUCAAGGGCGCCACCCUCUGUGCCAAGGGUUGUGAAGCUAUCGCGGAUACUGGUACUUCCCUGGUGGCCGGCCCGGUGUCGGAGAUAGCGGCGCUGAACAAGGCCAUCGGCGCGACUCCGCUCGCGUUCGGCCAGUUCGCCGUGGACUGCACGCUGAUCCCGCACCUGCCGCCCGUCUCCUUCACCAUCGCCGGGAAUCAGUUUACACUCAACGGGGCUGAUUAUGUGCUGAGAGUGUCCCAGUUCGGCAAGACUGUGUGCCUGUCAGGGUUCAUGGGGCUGGACAUCCCGCCGCCCAACGGCCCGUUGUGGAUCCUCGGAGACGUGUUCAUCGGAAAGUACUACACCGAGUUCGACGUCGGCAACAAGCGGCUCGGGUUCGCGCCCGCAGUCUGAACACAACCUCGCACCACGUAACCACGCUCUACGUUACACAGUCACCCUUACCAUACAAGAUACAUCAAUAUCCCAAUAUGGGC